GUUUUGGUGGCUUAUUUAAAGCUAUAUCCAAAGUUCAGUGACCUUUUCGGUAAUUAAAUUAAAACCAGAGACGAAUUAAUGUCGCGCGAACCCUGAAAACUGAAGGAAGAAAUCCCUAGAAUUUGAGAGAAAGACGGCCGGGGAAGAAAAAUGAUGAACUGGAUACGGAGCAGCGCGUCCGUCGCCGCCGCGUCGUUGAACUCGUUGGUGACUCGGGAGAGCCAGCUGUAUUGGACUCAGCAAUGGCGGGGGAUACGGGUGACGGUGUACGACGGGAACGUCGAGAGGGCUCUCACCGUGUUGCAGCGGAAGAUGCAAUCGAGCGGGAUGGAACGGCUGAUCAAGCGGGCGCAGAUGACUCACCUGAAGAACUCGGAGAAGCGAGUUUUGGCUCACAAGAACCUGAUGCACCGUGUUAAAUCUGAGGAUCUCGCCCGCAAGCUCCAGGGCAUCCUCCAGAAAAAGAUCAGGGGGACUUUGAGAGCUGGUAUCGGGUGGCACAAAUCGGACUGUGGCGAGUUGAUGAGCUUUGCCAAGCACUGUUGGCUACAGUAGAAUCGACUGCUUUUGAAUUGCUUAGCGUCUAAACCUGUUGGUUAUGUUUGUUCUGAAAGCAUGUUGAGAUGGUUAGAUCAUCAGAACGUUUUAUAUCAGUUGUUCAUUCUUUACAGGACUCAGCUAUUUACAGAACCAUUGAAGGCUACCAAUCUGUUGCAAAUUGGUGCCUCUAGCUCUCUUUUCUUGUUUUUGUCGCCACUCUGAGUCUUGUUAAUCGUAAAGAGGCAUCAAUAAUUGUUGCAUUCAAGGCUAAUCUGGCAAAUGGAUGAGAAAUUGAUGCGAUUCUUUUC